UCAGAAACCUACCUGGUGGUGAUAAGCAGUCGAUGAGUGACCCAGAAAGCACCCCCCCUCCCCCUCACCAGUUGAGAACUCUACACAAUGGCGUCGCUGGUUGUUUUGUUGUGUGUCCUGGGGACUGUUGCAGCCCAGUCUUGCCAGAUCCACUCUGAUACUUUUGAGACAGAUUUCUGUCAGAUGAAAGCCACAGUGGAUGUGUUAAAGUCCGAUACACAGCGAGUGUCCAACAGCGAGGUUGAAAUCUCUAGACUGUGGCAUACAAUCCACACCGAGACCAAAAGUAUCUAUGAUAACCGUCAGCUGAUUGAUGACAUCAAACACAACCUUACUGUAAAGAGUACAGCACCCAACAGCAGCAGCCAGCACAUAAUGGAAACAUUACAUAAUCUUACAUCGACGAUGGACGAUAAAAUGAAAAACCUAACCGACACGGUGACAGCUCUCGAAUCCCGGAUGAGGCAAUUAGAAAUUAAGUGCAGCAGCUGUGGUACAGGGGGUCACCCUUGCUCGCUUCAUCCUUGUGAACAUGGAGGAAAAUGUGUCGAACUAGGCAAAGAUUUUUACUGCGCAUGCCCCGCUGGAUUUUCAGGAAAACUAUGUGACGUCACGGAUCACUGUGCUACUUCACCUUGUAAAAACAAUGGAACAUGCAUAAAUAACGUUCUCUCCCACACCUGUAUUUGUUCUUUGCCUCAUACUGGUCCAAACUGCACAAUAGAGCUAACAGUCUGUGAUACGAAUCCAUGUGCAAGAGGCAAUUGUGUCCCCGAUGGAAAGAACUUUAAAUGCCUUUGUGAUCCUGGUUUCUACGGUGACUUAUGUAAUAGCAUAGUUGACCCAAGCCUCAUAACUACUGUUUCCUCCAAAUCUUCCCCUUCGAGUACCUCAAAAACGUCAACCAGAUCGUCACCAGGCUCGAGUAAACCAAUUUCGACAAUUUCUACCACACCACCGGCGAAAUCUACGACAACUACCACAGCAUCAAUGAAAUCAACGACUAAUACCACACCACUUUCCACAGCAUCCAAGACAACGACCAGUUCAUCAACGUCACCCAGCGCCUCUACUUCCACAGUAACUACUACACAACCAGGCUCAAAAACUUCGCCAGUUUCUACAACACAAAACUCAAAAGCUACACACAUUUCGUUGUCGACAACGGCAUCAACAUUAACCGGAAGUUCUGUAACAACACAAACUCAGUCAUCAGGUUCUACUCAGACAACUACAAUGGUUGACCCUUGCGCUCAGCCUGGUAUAUGUAACGCCCCGUCUAUUUGUGUUACCCGCGGUACUGGCUACGAAUGUCUGUGUCCCCCGACAAGCAAAACGAUGAACGAUCCAUGUCUUGAACCAAUUCUGGUUAAACCUUUCGACAUUUGUUGCGUUCAAGACACCUGUCAACCCAUUGCAACGCCGAUUUGCUGAUCAAGGAUCGCAGUGUGUAAUCUUUUAGUAAUCUCAGGAAAAUACAUAGCUAAUAAAAAAUACCCAUCUUCAAUAUUUUGAAGUCAUUUUGUUUAUUUUGUUUUUUUUUUGGGUGUUUUUAAAAAAAAUGAUUUUUAUGUUCUGUUUCGAAAUUUCCGUAAUACCUGUAAGGAUGUUUUGUUGUUGAUGUUUGUGUUUUGUGUUCUUCCUCAGUUUAAUGUUCGUAAUGCUGUGUUAUCUGUUUUGUUUGAUUUACAUGUACACGCUGUAAUAAAAAUAUAGCAAUUCAUAUGCAUUUUCAAUUUUCGUUAAAGUCAUUAUGAAGGUACAUGUAUAUCUGUAGCAAAAAGACCCUUCUUUGUUAGUUCUCUAUGCACUAAAGUUUGCGUUUGUUACAAUCCAAUAAUCAACACUAUAUUAGGUAUUUUUGUGUUUGACUGUUUUUCUCCUUUAAGUAAAUUACAUGUUAACAAGGACUGAGAAGUCGGCAUCAAGAGUCGUGUAAUCUCGUUGGCAAGCGAUAUGUCUUCUGGACAAACACCACAUCCUUUUACUUGUACAUAUAUACACUUUGGUUCAGUUUGGUAUCUUAAUUUAUUUUCAUAAUCAAAUUCAUACAUAUGUGUUAUGGGUACAUAUUUGAAUUAAUAAAAUGCUUCUAAGUAUCAGCGAUACUAACUGCAAAAAUUGUUUAGAAUUUUGUUGAAGUGUUGAUUUUUCCAUACCGAUACCUUUUUUACUCGAAAUAACAUUGUAAGAAAUAUCUUUAUUCAGUGCUUUGAUCUGAAAGAGACCCUCUCUAAAGAAAUUAAAAGAUGUAUUGAUAUUACAUGUAAUUAAUUAAC